GGAGUGCAAGGUUGUUGGAGGCGCGGAGGACUGCGGAAGGGGUGGAGAGAUGGGACCAGGAGCCGGUGUCGCCCCGGGUCUGUGAUGCGACCGGCUCCGAGGCGCUGAGGAGGGGGCGGCUGUGCGUGCUGCCCUCCCCUGCCCGCCAUGAAUUCGCUGGAGCAGGCAGAAGACCUCAAGGCUUUUGAAAGAAGACUUACUGAAUAUAUUGCAUGUUUGCAACCAGCUACUGGACGUUGGAGAAUGAUUCUUAUAGUGGUAUCAGUCUGCACAGCUACUGGUGCUUGGAACUGGUUAAUAGAUCCUGAGACACAGAAGGUGUCCUUUUUCACAUCAUUGUGGAAUCAUCCAUUCUUCACAAUUAGUUGUAUUACUCUAAUAGGCUUGUUCUUUGCUGGAAUACACAAAAGAGUGGUGGCACCAUCGAUUAUAGCAGCACGAUGUCGAACAGUCUUGGCAGAGUAUAAUAUGUCCUGCGAUGAUACUGGAAAGCUAAUUUUGAAACCUAGGCCCCAUGUUCAAUGAUGGCAGUCUUCUUUCACCUCUGUCUACUACCAUGGAAACCAAAAAUGACCUUUUCUCAAGGUAGUGUGGCACCAAAAAGCUGAACAGGACUGAUUUGCAGUUGCUUAGAAGUGAGAGUCUUAGUCACAGUUGACAGCGAAAGUGUGCAAUAUUACUGACGGGCAUAUUUGUCUAAAUUCUCUUGACUAUCCUGAUAUCAGUGCUUUUGCUACUUUUGAUUACCUCUUUUUUCAGUAUUAGUGUCACUUAUGUUGGUCAGGUAGAGGAAAACAUACAGGUAAAAUAUGUUAAUUGGUUACUAAGUUAAACUUGGAAACCUAACGUCAUUUUGUUUUUUAUAAUGUGUUUUUUGCAGACUCUUGUAAAUAGAAAAUCAAUGCCAAUGUUAAGCAAAGAGUAAUACAGUUCUGUGAUUUCUUGUUUUCAUUAACCAGUAUUUAAAGGGAUGCUUAUUUGCCAUUCCAACAGAUUUUUAUUAAUAUACUUAUUAAUUACAGUUGUCUUUUUCAUUCCUGAUUACAAUAUUUUUGAAUCAGCAAACGAGAGACUUAAAAGAAAUCUGUGGUGGGGUGGGAGAAAGUCUUAUUAUGUUUAAGAAUAUUGCAAAUACGUUAGUGUCACAUGUUUACCUACAUACAGUACUUAGGCCACUUUCUCUGUGGUGAUCCUUAGUUCAGUGCUUUCAUCUAAUUCAGAAUUACAACUUGUUUUUAAUGUUUUUAGCAUUUUAAAAUCUCUUAAAUAUAUUUACAUCUUUCAUAUUAUAAAAGUUCUGUACUUUAUCUGAAUUCCAUAAUCAUACCGUUUUAAGAGUGGAUUUUUAUGCUGUAGUAAUCUGGCUAUAAAGCUAGUAUUGCAAAUGUUGAAUGUUGUAUCAAAAUCAUUUGAUAAAGGAAAUAUGAUCAGUGCCACAAAUAAAUUAAUACAAAUUUCUAAAGUGUUAUGAGAAAUUACAUGUGGCUCUUAUGUAUAUGCAGUAUAAUAGCUCUUGAAAUAUUUAUAAUAACAGUUUAAUUUUAAGUGUUCAAGGUGCCUUUUUACCUUUUUCAGAUUUUUUUUUUAAAUUGAGCAUAAAUCUGCGUUAAAACAAAGCUAUUGCCGGCAUAGUCAUCUCUCACUACAUUUAAGACUAGGAAGACUGCCUCUUUAAAUGAGCAUAGUUUGAUGUAUUUUCAUUUUCAUUCAUUUGAGGCAAUAAAAUCAUUUGCUCCUAAA